ACCACUGCCUCUUGGUUUCACUCUCCUUGCUGAAGUGGCACUCCACAAUAAAAUUUUUGCCUCUAUAUAUACACAAACUGAGGCCCAUAAGAAAUUAUAAUACAAGCAUCGAAGUAACUCAAAUAUCGAAACACAAAAUUACUUAUAAAUAUCUCCUACUCUUUAACUUGUCAAUUUCCUGUUCCAGAAGAUCAACAGAUAAAGAGUUCAGUGUGAAGAAAAAGAAAGAAGAAGAUGAGUUCAACAAGCAGAGCCUGGGUUGUGGCCGCAAGUGUCGGAGCUGUGGAGGCAUUGAAAGAUCAGGGAUGCUGUAGGUGGAACCACACGAUAAGAUCAUUACACCAGCAUGCCAAGAACAAUUUCAGGUCAUUUUCUCAGGUCAAGAGGCUGUCUUCGUCAUCUGCGGCGAUGGCUUCAAGUAAAGUGAGGGACGAGAUGAAGAUGAAACAAUCGGAGGAGUCACUGAGAAAAGUCAUGUACUUGAGCUGUUGGGGACCCAAUUGAACCCCAUAAUACCUAAUUAACUGUACACUUUAUAAUCUAAUAGUAAAUGAGAUGGUUAAUUUUGUAA